CGCACGCGCAUCCCUCAGUGGGAUAAAGGACGAUGCUUUUGGUUAUUUUAACCGCUUUAGUAGCGGUGAGCGGAGCAGACAAGCUUGGAAAGAGCUUUGUCUUGCCAGCCACAGCCAAAUCUGCAGGCGGUAGUCCCGAUGACUUAUUAGCUCCGUUCGAAGGUUCUGACCGAGGCCUACCCACUGGCAGCUACACGAACGAUGCUCAAGGAGUAGUAGUCGACGCAGUGAACCCCGGAGUCCGGGCUUCUGGUAUUGAACCAACAGGUCUUGGUGGACCAAGAACCGCAUACGGCUCAACCAACUCCAAAGUUGGGGAUGCCGCAUUCAGAACCACUCAGAGCGGAUUCGGAGUUACCGGAGGUGCUAGCACUCGUAUCGCACCCGGAUUCAACUCCUUCACAGGAUCAGAGGAAUCUGAGGUCGACAAAAACAAUGGAAACAGUUUGAAGUUUUUGAAUGAUGUCGGUUCGGAGAACUACAGCUAUAACUACAAGACUGAAAAUGGGAUUACUGUUGGUGAGAAUGGUGCGGCCACUGGUGGGGUUCAAGCGCAGGGAGGAUACUCCUACAAGGGUGAUGAUGGUCAAACGUACAGCGUGACAUACACAGCUGACAAAGGAGGUUACAAGCCUCAGGGUCAACAUCUCCCAACUCCACCCCCAAUUCCUAAUGAAAUUUUGAUCUCUUUGGAGAAGAAUGCUAAGGAUGAAGCUGCUGGCGUUGUUGAUGAUGGCUCAUACAACGCACAGAAAUACAAUGACGAAGGCGAUUACGAAAGCAAUGGCGCUCAAAUUAACAAUGAUGAAGUGACAAAUGGCGGCGUAGGUACAACGGUUGGUGGAUCAGCUGUGAGUCAGAACAACCAGGCUUACAGACCUACCUCAGGCGUUUUGAUUGGUGCUUACAACCCAACAGCAAGCUCUCAAGUUCAAGGUGCUCAAGGAUUUGGUCAAGUAUCUGGUAAUAAACCAAGCCAAGGCUUUGGAGUGUCAGGAGGUUCUUCAUCAAUUGCACAAGCUGGUCAAACUCAAUUGACCCAAAGCAGAUUCGGCGAGCAAGCGCAACCUGUGAUUGGAUCAACGGCUAGAACUCCUACCUUCCAGAGCCAGUCUGGUUCAAACGCUUUCAGUUCAGCGUUUAGUUCGGGUUCGGGAAGCGCCAGUGCGUUUGCUUCAACUGGACCUUCAAGUUUUGGUUUGAAGAAAGAUAACUACGGCGCAAAUGCUUUCGGAUCAUCAGGCCAAUAUGGUAGCAAUGUAGCUCCAUCUUCUGCAACAGCAACUGCUUUUUCAUCUGGAACACCUACAUUUGGAGUUCGAACUCAGCAGUUUGGUAGCUCGCAACAGUCUGGAAGCUCCUCUGUAUUCGGCGGUUCUCAAGUUCAGCCUCAAGGUGCAGCUUUAUUACCAAGUGUUGGUGGUUACUUACCUCCCGCGAAGACAGAUACUAACAGCCAAAAUUCAAACAUUCAAGGCCUCACCCAGGCUACAGUAUCUUCAUUCCCCAACCCUGCUCAAGGCUCUUCCCAAUCUAGUCAAUUAGACGUAAAACCACAGAAUGGCCAGAGUGUGACAUCUACUCAGCAAUAUCAAGGUACUCUGUAUGAAUACAAUAAGCCAGCUGAAUCCUUACCUGCUCCCGGUCAGCAGAGCACCGUGAGUUCCGGACAAGCUUUGUCUGCUUCACAACCUGGUCAGUUUACAACUGACUCAAGAUUUGGUUCUCAACAAAGUUCUUCAAGCAGUUUCUCAAACAAUAACAUCCAAAAUCAACAAACACAGUUUAACCAGAAACCCAUCAGUACCGUACAAUCCGGUUCCUACAACCAACAGUCACAGCAAUUCGGGUCUCAGUUCGCUCAAAAGCCUCAGACAGCUUUUGGAUCUGCCUUUGCAUCAACUACUGGAUCGAAGAGUCAAACCUCCCAGAACCAGUUCGGUCAAACCUCUCAGACAAACCAAAAACCAGUUGGUUUCACUGGAUCAACUUACCAGCAAACUCAACAAACACAAUUUGGAUCUCAAUAUGUUCAAAAACCUGUAACAUCCCAAAGCUCUGCAUUUGCGACAAACACAGGUUCGAAGGGACAAUAUGCUCAAACAACCCAAUUUGGUCAAUCAACUACUGGCUCUAACUUCCAACAGAGUCAAUUCGGAUCUCAGAAUGUACAGAAACCCGUGACAUCUCAAAGCUCUGCAUUUGCAUCAACUUCAUCAAAGGGCCAAUCUGUCCAAACUCAGUACGGCCAAAAGCCUUUUGGCUUGUCACAGACGGUGUCUGGAUCUAAUUACCAACAAAACCAAGGAGCUUCUACUGGUUCUCAAAUAUCGCAGGCCACAGGAUCCACAACACAAAAUCAGUACGGAGUUAACUUGCAAACUGGACAAAAGCCUUUUGGUCAGUCUACUUCUGACUCUAGCUUCCAGCAAACACAAUUUGGUGCAGCGGGAUCUCAAUUUGGACAGAAACCUGUAACAUCUCAAAGCUCCGCUUUCGCAUCAAACACAGGAUCUAAGGGCCAAGUAAGCCAAACUACCCAAUUUGGCCAGAAACCUUUUGGCCAAUCUGCAACUGGUUCCAACUUCCAGCAGACUCAAUUUGGCAGUGCAGGAUCUCAAUUUGUUAAAAAACCUGAGACCACUCAAACUUCCGGUUUUGUGUCAAACACGGCAUCAAAAGGACAAUCUACCCAGACUACCCAGUUUGGCCUAUCAACAACUGGCUCUAGCUUCCAGCAAACACAAUUUGGCGCCGCAGGAUCUCAAUUUGGCCAGAAACCUGUAACAUCCCAAACCUCUGCCUUCGCAUCAAACACUGGAUCAAAGGGACAGGCGUCCCAAAGCUCUCAAUUUGGCCAAAAGCCUUUCGGCCAAUCAGGAUCUAACUACCAGCAAACGCAGUUCGGUGCUGCAGGAUCCCAAUUUGUUCAGAAACCGAUAUCUUCCCAAAAUUCUGCACUAGUAUCAAAUACUGGAUCAAAGGGUCAAUCGGUGCAAAACACCCAAUUCGGACAGUCAACAACAAGCUCUGGUUACCAGCAGACUCAAUUUGGAGCUGCAGGUUCUCAAUUCGUUCAGCAACCAGUAACAUCCCAGAGCUCUGCAUUCGCAUCGACUUCAGGAUCAAAGGGUCAGUCUGUCCAAACUCAGUUUGGCCAAAAGCCUUUUGGCUCAUUCCAGGCGGUGUCUGGAUCUAAUUACCAGCAAAACCAAGUUUCGUCUACUGGUUUGCAGUCAUCUCAGGCCACAGGAUCUACUACUCAAAAUCAAUUUGGAGUGAAUCCACAAGCAGGACAAACACCUUUCGUCCAAUCAACAACUGGCUCUAACUUCCAGCAAGCUCAAUUUGACACUGCAGGAUCUCAAUUUAGCCAAAAACCCGUAAGCUCUCAGAGUUCUGCCUUUGCAUCCAACACAGGAUCAAAAGGCCAAGCUGCUCAAGCCACCCAAUUUGGUCAAAAGCCUUUCGGCCAAUCAGGGUCUAGCUUCCAGCAAGCCCAAUUUGGUGCAGUCGGAUCUCAAUUUGUUCAGAAACCUGUAACAUCCCAAAGCUCUGCAUUCGCUUCCACCUCAGAAUCAAAAGGACAAUCUGUCCAAACUGCUCAAUUUGGUCAAAAACCUUUUGGCUCAUCACAGACUGUGUCUGGAUCGAAUUAUCAACAAAACCAAGUAGCUUCUUCUGGUUCCCAAGCAUCGCAAGUUACAGGGGCAACUCUUCAAAAUGUGUAUGGAGUAAACUCGCAAGCUGGACAAAAGCCUUUCGGCCAAUCGACAACUGGUUCUAACUUCCAACAGACUCAAUUCGGAUCUCAGUUCGGCCAAAAACCCGUGACAUCCCAAAAUUCUGCAUUUGGGUCAAACACCGGAUCAAAGGGUCAAGCUGCCCAAGCCAACCAAUUUGGUCAAAAGCCUUUCGGUCAAGCAGGAUCAGGCUUCCAGCAAACACAAUUCGGUGCUGCUGGAUCCCAGUUUGCUCAAAAGCCUGUGACAUCACAGAGCUCCGCCUUCGCGUCCAACACAGGAACAAAGGGACAGUCUGCGCAAAAUACUCAAUUCGGUCAAUCGACUAGCUCUGGCUACCAGCAGACCCAAUUUGGUGCCGCAGGAUCUCAAUUUGCUCAGAAACCAGUAACCUCUCAGAGUUCCGCCUUUGCGUCAAACACAGGAUCAAAGGGUCAAUCUGCCCCAAGCACCCAAUUUGGCCAAAAGCCUUUCGGCCAAAGCUCUGCGUUCGCGUCGAGUUCAGCAUCAAAGGAACAAACUUCCCAAUCCACCCAAUUCGGUCAAUCAACAACCGGUUUUGGCUCACAGCAGACACAAUUCGGUGUCAGUGGAUCGCAGUUGGGCCAAAAACCUGUGAGCUCUGCUUUUGUGUCCAAUACAGGAUCUAAGGGACAAUCAGUACAAAACAACCAAUUCGGUCAAUCCACUGUCUCCACUUUCCAGCAGAAUCAAUUUGGUGCCGCCGAUUCUCAAUUGGUUCAAAAGCCAACAACUCAAGGCUCUGCCUUUAGUUCUUACACAGGAUCAAAGGGUUCAGCUGCCCAAAGCGUACAAUUUGGCCAAAAACCAUUCGGCCAAUCAGUAACUGGAUCUAGCUUCCAACAGCCGCAAUUCGGGGCUGUCGGAUCUCAGUAUGGUCAGAAGCCAGUGGCAUCUCAAAGCUCUGCAUUCGCGUCAACUUCAGAAUCAAAGGGACAAGCUGCCCAGUUCACUCAAUUCGGCCAAUCAACAACUGGUUCUAGCUUCCAGCAGAAUCAAUUCGGAACCACCGGUACUCAAUUUGUACAAAAACCAGUGACGACUCAGAGCUCUGCCUUCGUGACAAACACAGGAUCAAAAGCUCAAGCCACCCAGUUUGGUCAAAAACCUUCCGGCCAAUCAACCGGAUCUAACUUCCAGCAGACACAAAUCGGCGCAGUCGGAUCUCAGUUCGGUCAAAAACCCGUGACAUCCCAGAGCUCGGCGUUUUCGUCGACCACGGGUCAAACUACUCAAACCACCUUCACCCAAAAACCUUUCGGCUCCUCUCAAACUACCAGUCCUAACAAUUUCCAACAGAAUCAGAUUGCUUCAACUGGAUCACAAGUGACCCAAGCUACCAGUUCAACAUCAGGUUCUAAAUACCAGCAGUCUCAAUUCGGUGCCAGUCAAUCACAAUUCGGUCAGAACACUGUUUCUAAGGGCCAAUCUGGUCAAAAUACCCAAUUUAACCAAAAACCUUUCGGUUCUUCUCAAGUAGGCUCUACUUUCCAACAGAAUAACGUUGCUUCCCAAAAUCAAUUUGGACAAAACACUGGCUCUGGUUUCCAACAAACACAGUUUGGUUCGGUUGGAUCACAAAUUAAUCAAAAGCCACAAUCUGCUUUUGGAUCCUCAAUCAAUUCUAACACAGGAUCAAAAGGUCAGUCCUCGCAACAAUUCUCUUCUUCCGGAUCACAGUUCUCUCAGGUUGCAAGCGCAAAUGCUGUUGCUUCUGAUAACCGAUUUGGAGUAGAAGCCCAAGGUGUUCAGAAACCUUUUGGAGUAGGUCAGACAGCAGGAUCUGGUUUCCAACAGAACGUGUUUCCCUCGUCAACUGUCGCACCUUACGAACAAAAGCCUCAGUCGUCCGUAGGCCUUAGCCAAAACGUGGGCUCGGCCUCAUACAACUACGUGCAGAAUCCGCAAUCGAAUCAAGGAAAUGUUCCAACUAAAACUACAGUAUCUCAAAUUGCCCAACCAACAUCAUUCGGUCAGAAACCGUUUGGCAGCUCACAAUCUAGUGCAUCAUCUUCAGGUGCCUAUAGCCAGUCUUUUAUAGUUGGAACACAGGCAACAAAACCUUCGACUUCUCAAGCCACUAGCCAGUUUGGUUCCUCGACUGGAUCACUGGGCCAGAAGCAACAAUCUCAAGCUAAUGCAUUUGCUUCAUCUAAUGUAGGUGGUCAAGCUCAAAAGCCGUUCGGCAAUGCUCAAAGUAACUUGGUCUCAAAAUACCAGCCAACUCAAUUUGGUUCUACGACCCAGAAACCAUUCGGUAGUUCUUUAACACAGACCCAGUUCGGUCAGUACUCCCAAUCUAAUGUAGGUAACGCACUUUCAGCAGGCCAGUCAUUGUCCAACAUUCAGCAACAAAAACCACUAGGCGCUCAAUUAUCCCAGACAUUCCAACAAUCACAAUUAAAUCAGGGUCAAAGGCCUGUCGGUAGCACUCAAGGAUCUGCUUUCCAGUUUGGACAAGCAAGUGGUUCAAGCCAGUCUUCUCAGAGUACCGUGGGUAGUGCACAGUCAACUGGUGGGUACAACUACAAAGCGCCAGGAUCUGCAUUCAGCUCUGCAUCGAGUCAGGGCACUUUCCAACAGGCCCAGUCUACAGCUAGUUCCAGCCAGUUUGGGGUUCAACCAAUCAAAGCAGUAACUACAUCUCAGUACGUUCAGCCAACUCAAUUGACUGUUAUACCUCUCGGCGGUCAGUCUGCUUCUUCCUCUGUGCAAGGAUCUAGUUUCGUAACAGAGCCUACGCAGUCCGCUUUCAUUACUUCACAGAAACCUAGUCAAACCCAAUUGAGUGAUGAAUCAUACCAAUCUAGUCCAUUCAGCAGUACUCAAGCCCCAAGUUUCGAAUCUUCAGGAUUCGGGUCUACUGUUCAACCUAUAGUUCAGAGUCAGUCAUUCCAGUCUAGUCCCAUUAGUAGCACCCAGGCUCCUAGCUUCCCAUCAAGGGUAGGUGUUGUCUCAACUGCUCAGCCGCUGGUUGUGCCUAUUUCCAGCAUAGACUUGGACCAAUCUUCCCAGAACUUUGUUGGACAAAAAGAGCAAUUUGGAGGAGCUCGCGACCCUCCCAGUUUUGAUGAGCAGACUGGAUACCAUUACUGAACUGUGCCAUAAACAUACAAUUUGGGAUAAGUCGAUCAAUAUUGUUUGUUAAACUAAUGAAACAACUUUGUUAAACAAAUAAAUAUUUUUUGUGAACUGAA